GGAGCCCUCGGCAGCGCCCGGCCGGCAGCGGGGAGCGAGCCCCGGCCCGGCCGCUGUGCCCGUGGCGCCGCAGAGGCGAGGGGAGAGCCGCAGGAGCCGCUGCCUCGGGCACUGCCCCGGGCCGGGGGCAGCAGCCGGGCCCGGCCCUGCGGCAGCGCAGGAGGCUCUGGCGGUGCCGCUUCUCCAGCUCGGCCCGGUGCCCGGGCACGGCCCCGGCCUUGGGGCUGCCCCUGCCCCGCUCAGCUGCCCGUGCCCUGCCCGGGCGCCGAGGCCGCGCUCGGUGCCCCCGGGUGCCGCUGCUGCGGGCAGGGCCGAGCCCCGGUGCCCGGGCACAGCCCUGAGGGACACCCCUGCUCCCCGGGCUGCCGCGGCUCCUGGAGCCGCUGCCCACGAGCCCCCGGCACGGCCGUGCGGCCAAUUCCUCGUGCCCUGGGCAGCGCAGCCUGCAAAGCCGGGGCUCGGCACUGCGGGGCUGGGGCUGCCGUGUGCCAGCGGGGCCAAAGCCUCGCAGGGCUCGGGGCACAGCCGGGCCCGCCAGGACACCGCUCCGGGGAUGCUCCCAGCCAGCUCCUGUCUGCUCCGCUGCUGUUGGGGUGCCGGGCUGGCCCUAUGUGAUGUGGGACAUGAUGGUGGCCAGAGACCCUUGUGACAUCAGGGAGUUCCACCCGGGCUGAGGGUCUCCAAGGGGCGCGGAGCCCUGGGUUGCCCAGUCCCAGGAGAGCUGCUCUCUGAGGAGGACGCAGCUCCCUGGUUCUGUCUGCGCCAGACGCCAACAGCCACAGACAACAGAGACGAGGACAAAGGCAACUCCAGCUCCCAGUCCAUCCGACCUGUGCCCAUCUGGCUCUUUGCUGAAAUGGACCGCAAGCUUUCCCACGACGAUGUCCAGAAGUUUUCCCACGGGGAAGGUGAGAGGUUUGCAGAACUGUCACCAUGCGAACAAGAGCUCUUCUCCCACAUGUCCCAGUGGAAAAAUAGCAGAGAACCAGACUUCUACCGAGUGAUAGACAGCAGUGACAACGAGCUGUUGCAAGGACCAGACGCCAGAGCACAAGAGCUGCCCCAGUGGCCAGAUAUUGAAGACCAAAAGCUGUCCCGACGGCAGGAACAUGUGAGCAGUCAGGAGCUGUCCCAAUGGAGAAAGGACAUAGCCGUGCAAGCGAGUCCCACGGAGCAGAACAUCGACUGGGAGAUGCUGGGCGAGGUGCUGCAGGAGGUCCAGGCACUGAAGCUGGAGCUGCUUGCCCUUCAACAGGUGUUGGCUGGGGACGAAUCUGUAGACACAGCCAAAAAUGAAGAGAGCUCAGUGCUUUCCCCACACAGCACCCCCAGCCUCUGGCCUGCCCAGCUGAGUUCCCAAGCCCCCAGGGAGCAGCAGGAGGAGGGGGCAGCAUCAGCAUCUGUGCGGGCAGUGCAGGAGAGCGAGGAUGGGACCUUGACUGGGGAGGACAAAGACUGGGAAGAUGACAUCGAUUCAGAGCUUUCCCAGUGGGAAAAUAAGGAACAGGCAGAGGUGUCCCACAGAGAAAUGAACAACUCCCAAGAAGUGUCCCAGGGGCAAGAGUGCCCUGAGCAGGAGCCGUGCAGCCAAGGGCCGGCGCCUGCCCCGCACAGCCCCCCCAGCCCCUGGCCUGCCCGGCUGGGAGCCCAGGCCCUCCGCGGGCAGCCGGCUGCCCCCGGGAAACGUCCCUCCCGCUUCAGGCGGGCGCUGCGGGCGCUGCGGGGGCUGUUCUGCUGUUCCUGCCUCAGACCACGCACAGAGGAGUAAAACGGACAUGGGAAAAAAUAAAGAGGACAAAGAUGACAUGGCAGAUGAAGAAGAUGAAGACAGAGAAGAAGAUGAAGACAAAUAGGAUGAAGAAGAUGAAGAAGAGAAAAAAGAGGAAGAAGACAAAGAUGAAGAGUAAAAAGACAAGACAGAGAACAUUUAUUUAAGAAUAGAUAGAAGAAGUAUAAUAAUAAGAAUUUAGUAAUACUUAGAAGAAGAGUACUAGGAAUAGGAAUAGGAAUUUCAAAA